UGUCACGCGGGAUGGAAGUGUUGGAAUUCAACAACAGCAUGGCAUGGAGACAUGGGCCAGCAUGGUUGGCGAAACCAGAGGAUGUUUGGCCUAUGUCUGAUCCAACGGAGCCUUCUGAGGCAAUUCAAGAGAAGAAGGUCUUAACAGCCGCCGUUGCGACGUGUACCAACGAGCUGUUCUUGCGUUGGUCAUCAUUCACUCGCCUGGUAAAUGUCGUAGGUUAUUGUCGACGUUUCAUUGCCAUGGUGCCACAUCUGCGGCGCAUAAGACGUGAAGGAGCCAUGCAUUCCAACGAAGGCAAUGCGCAUUCCAGUAAUUCCGCAUCUCCGAAGGUGUUGAGCGUUCUUGAGCGAGCAGCAGCGGAAGACGCUUUAUUAAGGCUUGCUCAGCGUGAGUCUUUCGCGGAAGAGUUGAGUGAUCUGCAAACGGGGAAACAAAUUAGAAGGCAGUCACAGUUACGUCGACUUACCCCAUUUUUGGACGAAAAGGGCAUCAUCAGAGUUGGUGGCCGAUUGAACUUGGCGCAGCUACCCUUUCAGUCGAAGCAUCCCGCGUUGCUGCCUAAGGGCCACCCAUUGGCUCGAUUAAUUGCAGAGAGCUACCACAAGUUGCUGCUACAUGGUGGAGGACGUUUGUUGCUGUCAUCCAUAAGGGAAAGAUUUUGGCCCUUGAACGGAAGAAUGUUGGUGAAAGCCGUGGUGAGGAAUUGCAUCCGAUGUAUUCGUCAUCAUCCUGCGGCAGCAGAGCAGCAUACUGGUCAACUGCCCUCUGGUAGAUUAGUCCCGAGUCGUCCGUUUGCGGUCACAGGAGUGGAUUACGCAGGCCCAUUGUAUCUAAAGCCUGCGCAUCGGCGGGCUGCAUCGCUGAAGGCAUAUUUGUGUGUCUUUGUGUGUUUCACAACCAAGGCGGUUCAUCUAGAGCUAGUGGGUGAUCUUUCAACCGAAGGGUUUCUCGCUGCUCUACGGAGAUUUACGGCGAGGAGAGGUGUUCCGGAGCACAUCCAUUCGGACAACGUAGGUUCAUCGAUGACGGCGAUACCAGAUCCGGAACUAACGCACGCACACAUAAACACCGAACAGCACUUGACCAAACUUCAACUACUGGUUCAGAAGUUUUGGAAACACUGGCAGAAGGAAUACUUACAAGAACUGCAGAAGGACCCACGCAUCGCUAAGAACGCUGAUAACAUUCAACCGGGGCGAAUGGUUAUCGUAGUGGACGAGCUGCUGCCAACUACUCGCUGGCCGCUUGCACGAGUCGUAGAGGUUCACCCCGGCGCGGAUGGAUUAGUACGCGUAGUCACGUUGCGAACACCUAAGGGAAUUAUAAAACGACCGAUCACGAAGAUCUGUCCCUUACCAAUAUCCAGUGAAAAUGUAGGAGCAUAAGGAAGUCAGGGAAUAUCACUUGCACAAAGCUUACGAAUCACUUGUUACUUAACACUUUUAUCCGUUUGCGAUACCACGCGGUGUUUUGACAUAGGCGAGCAAGGAUAAGUUUGUUUGUUGAUGGUACAUCAAGGCGAGGAGUAUGUUUACGUUUCGUAGCGUUACACUCAUUUGACAGUUGAAAUUUAUUAUUCCGAUUAAUGCAUGAUUGUUUUCACCGGGGUAGCGUUACGAACGCAGAGGUUAGUUGUGUUAGUGUAAGGACCGUUAGGGCUAAGAACCAUUACGAAAAAUCACUGCACUUGUAAUAAAAUACGUACGCCGAACGGUCAA